AUGACUUCUUCUCAGAAUGACGAAACAAAGGACCCCGAACAUGUCGAUGCCUCGCCUCGUCCGAUCAAUGUCUAUACCGACGAUGAGACUUCAUCUCUCGGUAAAGGAGAUAUACUUGGUGCCGAGCAUGUCGACCCUGUCUUGAAUGCCAAAAUGCACCUGGUCAACAAUGCCAUCGACGAAAUUGGUUUCACCGGCUACCACUGGAAGCUGUUCGUCCUCAAUGGUUUCGGGUAA